AUGUAUUCCCUGAUUCACUAUGGAAGAAGAUUGCUCGAUUUGCAGAAAUGUCGUAGCUUGAGAAUUUCUUCAGUGAACCUUUUUCAAAAUGACUCUGCUUUUUCCAAUUCGUUCUUCUCUACUAGCUCUGGAGAUGGAAAAGGUCAAAACUUUACAGUCUCUUACCUCGUUGAAUCUCUGGGUUUAGCUUCAAAACUCGCAGAAUCGAUCUCAAAGAAAGUCACUUUCGAGAACAAGGCAAAUCCAGAUACGGUUCUGAGUCUUCUUAGAAGCCAUGGCUUCACAGAUUCUCAGAUCUCCGACAUCGUUACGGAUUAUCCACAGUUGCUUAUAGAAGAUGCUGAGAAGUCUCUUGCUCCAAAGCUUCAGUCUUUGCAGUCAAGAGGAGCUUCAAUCUCUGAGCUCACUAAGAUACUCUCAAAAGUUCCAAAGAUCUUGGAGUUGAAAGAGGACAAAACCAUCAGCGUAUACUAUGAUUUCGUCAAAGAGGUUAUCGAAGCUGAUAAGAGCUUUGAGCACAGAAAGUUAAGUCCUUUGUUGCCACAAGGCAGUGUGCAGGAGAACAAAAUCAGAAACGUUUCGGUUCUGAGAGAAGUGGGAGUGUCUCAGAGGCUCUUGUUCUCAUUGCUCAUGUCAGAUGACCAAAUCGUGUGUGGGAAAGAGAGGUUUGAAGAGUCUCUCAAGAAGGUUGUUGAGAUGGGUUUUGAUCCAACCACCUCAAAGUUUGUGGAAGCUCUUAAAGUGUUCUACAAACUGAGUGACGAAACAAUACAAGAGAAGCUCUGUGUUCUGGAGAAAAGGUUAGGCUUUGCUUCUGGAGAUGUUUGGGAGAUUUUCAAGAAGUCUCCAAUUUUCUUGGCACUCUCGGAGAAGAAGAUUGCAAACUCUGUUGAAGCAUUUGUAGGUCUUGGAUUCAGCAGAGAUGAGAUCACGAGAAUACUCAAAAACUUUCCUUGGUGUGUUAAUCUAUCUGCAGAGACGGUGAAGAAGAAGACUGAGUUUCUUGUGAAGAAGAUGAAUUGGCCGUUAAAGGCUGUGGCUUUGUCUCCUCAGGUGCUUGGAUACAGCAUGGAGAAGAGGAUUGUGCCGAGGUGUAAUGUGAUCAAAGCUCUCAUGUCUAAAGGAAGCAAAUUGCCUUCAAUGGAGUAUGUUUUGAAGAGUACCAAUGAGGUGUUUUUAAACAGGUUCGUAAGGAAGCUCGAUGACAAGGAGCUUGUGGCUGUGUUGUUGGCUAUCUUCACCAGAGAUCAUGCUUCAUAG